CGAGAAAAGCAGGAUUUGUGGAAACUACUGAAUAGACAACUGAGCAGAUAGCAUGUCCGGCAUCGCAAUCACGCGCUUGGGCGAGGAGCGAAAGGCCUGGCGCAAGGACCACCCCUUCGGCUUCGUGGCCCGGCCCGCCAAGAAUCCCGACGGCACCCUCAACCUGAUGAUCUGGGAGUGCGCCAUUCCCGGCAAGAAGUCGACGCCCUGGGAGGGCGGCCUCUACAAGCUGCGCAUGAUCUUCAAGGACGACUACCCCACCUCGCCGCCCAAGUGCAAGUUCGAGCCGCCGCUCUUCCACCCGAACGUCUAUCCCUCGGGCACCGUCUGCCUGUCGCUGCUCGACGAGGAGAAGGACUGGCGCCCGGCCAUCACCAUCAAGCAGAUCCUGCUCGGCAUCCAGGACCUGCUCAACGAGCCGAACAUCAAGGACCCGGCCCAGGCGGAGGCCUACACCAUCUACUGCCAGAACCGGCUGGAGUACGAGAAGCGUGUGCGCGCCCAGGCCCGCGCCAUGGCGGCCACCGAGUAGUCGGUGCGUCCCGGGCAUCCUGGGCAUCCUGGGUAUCCUGGGCAUCCUGGGCCUCCCCGCAUCCCCACAUAGACAUUAACAAACAACACACACACACAUCUAGGCGGUAAGCGUUUUCGUGAAUGCUCUCCACAUAUUUACUUUUACUAAGACGGAACUCUACUGCACACAAACAAAAAGCAUCUGAUUUAAUUUUUUAACGCAAUCGUUUAGUUGCUAUAUUGUAUACUGUAUCAUCUGAAUAAAAUCUUAUAAGUUCUGCA